AUGAUCUGGAAUCUUCAAAUUAAUGAUCCCAAUAUCAAAUAUAUACUCUAAAAAGAAAGUGAUUCCUUAAUUAAAUAUAAACAAUAAACAUAACUAUUCCAACAAUCAAUUAACUAAAUUUAAGAUAAAUAUACAUAAGAACUUAUUCUUCAAAAUUUACAACUCAUUCAAGAUUCUAAUUUAUUUGCCACCUUUCGUCAACAAAUUCAAGUAUCUGCUACUUUACAAUAAUAAUUCAAUAAAGUAUAACAAAUUCUAGAAUCAUCAGAUAUCUAUCAACUUAUUCAUUUUGUUGAUUAAAUUUAAGAAAUAAUCACCAAUAAUAUUGAUAUCAUCAAUAAAGAUUAAAAUAUUGUUUAAUAUGUUGCAAGUAAUAAAAAAGCAAUCAUUGAAAUGAUUUCUAAUAAAUAUUAAUAAUCUAUUAUUAAUACUUUGAAUUCAAUUGGAUUUCCUAAAAUUCCUAAAAAUCCAGAAAAUCCAGAAAAACCAAAAAAUUCAGAAAAUCCAAAAAAUCCUUAAAAAAUUAACUCAAUUCAUGAAUUGACAGUUUAUUCUAAACUUAUUAAGCAUAUGUCAAUAAUUGAACCAAAAUUUCUAUCUUCAAUUUUUAUUAGACUCAAUUAAAAUUUUGAUUAUCAUUUCAUUGAUUCAAUAUAAACAACCUCAAAUAUUAACAAUAGUUCAUGGUUUUUUAAUUAUUUAUAUGAAAAUUUUGAAAAAUCAAUUAAAAAACUCUUUAAACUUGAUAUUAAUUAUUAACAAUAAAUCUAAAAUUAUUAAAAUUUUGAAUUAGAAGAAAUCAUUCAAACUUUUGCUACUUUAAUGAUUCAACAUUAUAUCUUACAUAAUAUAACAAAGGUAUUUAUUAUUAAUAAUUAGAGAAUAAAAAGAGACAAGGAAGAAUUUAUAUAUAAACCAAAUCUAGCUUUGUUAUUUUUAGAAGAAUUAGAUAAUUUUUGUUAAUCUAUUGAAUAAUUUUGGUUUAUUUGUUUUGAUUAGAAAUGUAAUCAAAUAUUUGAAGUUGUUCUACUUAUCCUUUUUGAGGAGAAUAUAUUUAAUAAAAUAUUAGAAUGGGAAAUUGAUUUGUUUAAUUAAAGUAUUUUCAAUGAAUAUGAAAAUAAAAUCUAACAAAAGAAUAUUCAUCUUUUUCUAAAUCUUGUCGAAGAAUUUUAGAUUGUUUGGAAUAGUCAAUAUUAAAAAUAUUCUUUAAUUACUAAUCAAACUCUUAUUGAUUCCAUUUAAUAAACUUAUACUUGUAUAUUUAAAUAAUUCCUAGAUUUAUGUGAAUAAUAUUAUUUGAUAAUUAAAUAAAUUGAGGAUAAAGAUUAUGUAUGUAAACUAUGAUAAAUUAUAGGUAAAGUUUUUAUUGACUUAUUAUCUUGGAUUAAAAGCGUUAAAAAAAUAAUUCAAAAAAUACGAAAUAUUAAUUAAAUAACUUAAAUAAAAUACUUUAAUUAAAUUUUUAGAACCAUUAUCCAAUUCAUGUUCAGAAGAAAUAUAUCAAAAAAUUUUUAAGGAAUAUUUAUUUGAUGAUAAAUAAACUGCAGACUUUUUUAAAUAAAUUUCCAAAGUUAAUUUCUACCAAAACCACUAAAUUAUUUUUCUUUAAAGUUAACAUGAGUUUGCCAAAAAAAUUAAUAACUUUUACUAUAAAGCCAAUUCAACUAUAAAUUAAAUCAUUAAUCCAAAUCUGAUUGAGAAAUAGUAUACGACAGAUUUAGCAAAAAAAGUAAUCUCUAUAACAAUUUAAUAACUUUCCAAAAAAAUCUAUAAAUACAUUAUCAAAUAAGAAUAUUCUUAAGAUGGAAUUCUUAUAAUGUUUAUGAUUAUUCUAAGAACCACUUUUUUAGUUUUAUAUUCAUCUAUUAAUCUGGAAAACACAAAAGCAUCAAAAAAGAUAAUUGAUAAGUAAACUAAAUUUAAUCACUUUUAGGUUUGAGUAAAUCUAAAAAAUUCUAAUUAAUAGAUAUAUAUUGAAUGAAUAAUCUUGUUAAAGACUAAUAAAAUCAUAUUAGUUAUUAACUUAAUAAGACAUAGAAGUAAUGAAGAAUUUAAAAAUUAAUUAAACAACUUGA